AUGGAGUGGUGUAUGUUUUUAUUUGCUGUUUGUGUCUUGAUUUCUGAAUUUCAAGUGUCAGUUUCAUCAAGAAUCACCCUCAAUGAAAAUGGAUACGAAGGCAUUGUCAUUGCCUUGCCACCGCAAGUCGGUGUCAAAGAUCAAAUUUCACUUGUGUCGAAUUUAAAGAUUCUACUGGAACAUUCGUCAAAGAUAUUAGCAAGUUCCACUAAAGACAGAGCUUCAUUCCGAAGUGUUACUUUCUUGAUCCCGCCGGAGUGGGGAACUUCGUGGUACGCUUCGUUCGAAGACAAUUCAACAACCUUCGAAGAGGCAGGAGCAACGACUAGUAGAGAAACUGCUGAUGUGUUUGUAUUCUAUUCCUUUACAAGUGAACAUCCAUACACUCUUCAUCAUGAAACGUGUACUCAUCAAGGAGUCAGAAUUUAUAUGUCUUCAAGAUUUUUAUUGGAAAAGACAAUGCAAGAGAUCAGUGUAGAAUUCUUAAGACUUUGGUCAGAAUUCAGGUAUGGAAUGUUUCCUGAGGGUGGUUUCGAGAAUGAUAUCAAGUACCCAUACAGAUACACAGCACCAGGGGAAACUGAAAGUCAAGUCACUGGUUGCGCAGCACAAAGUUUUGAGAUUCCGUUCGAAUGUACAGAGAAAGCAAAUUGUACAGAAGAUGCAUUUACUUCUUCUUUGAUGGAUCAACAUUUAUCAAGUUCGGCAACUUUUUUCUGCGAAGGUGAAUUCAGUCUGGGUCCAGCACAUAAUCCUCAUUCGCCUUCGAAACAGAAUCUUUUGUGCAAAGAAGAAGGAACCUGGCAUACUUUAAUGAGAAGUCAAGAUUUCGCGAAAGGAAAAAAUCCAGCACUAAAGCAUAGGCGAAAUACGGAAAUGAAAUUUCAGUUUGUUCAAGAAGUGUCAUCUCCAAAAGUUGUAGCUGUGAUUGAGACAUCUGCAAAAAUGAACUUAGAGUCAAGAUACUCCUUGAUCAAAAAUGCUUUCUCCCAUUUUGUGUACACCACUUUACCAAAGGGAAGUGAACUCACUCUGAUGACAUUCGACGGAGAAAAUGGUGUUCAGUUGCUCAAGACUGCUGUUCGCUUGAGCAACGAUGAAGAAAAGGUUCAGUUUCUGGAGGGGCAGCCGUUACUAGAAGAUACAUCAUCCGAUGGAAUGGCCUGUGUUGAAUGCGUGUUGGAUCACAUUUUCGAACUAAUGAAUGACAAUCAAACAGACUUUCCUCGAUCCCCUGUUAUCAUUUUGGUAACCUCCGCAUGCAGUUUGUCUUCUACAAGGUAUCCAGACGUGAAAGAGAAGCUUCUUGAUCUUGAAGUGCGCCUCCAUGUUUUGUCUUUUGGAAAAUGUGAAGAAAAUGACGGAGAAACUGCCUUAACAGCUGUUUGCUCUGAAACUCAUGGGAGUUUCAUUCAUAUUAGCGGCGACAUUUUAGGUGAUUUAUACAAAGGUUUUCAUAAUGCAAUUCAUAGCCGUAACAAGGAAAUCAUGGUUUUUCAAGAAUAUUUGUCUACUGAAGAUGAAGAGACCUUGUCUUUGUCUUUUAAUAUAGAAAAUAGAAUGUUCGAGAAAGUUCGCGUCUACAUAUCAGGUCCAGAUUUAAACACUGGUGCUCUUGUAUUUGAAAAAACGGAACUAACUUGCCCGCCUGUGGUUGUUCCAAGUUUCAGAAAGCAAGAAAUUUUGCCAGCUUGGAUUUUUGAUGUGAAUCGACCGAUAAUCGGAGGGACAUAUAAUCUAACGACUGAAAGAAAACGUGGAGCGAAAAGUCCUAUUUUAGUAACCGUGUCUGUCCAACAAAUGAAUUCUGAAGAUCAACUCAAUGUCAGAGCCUGGACUGAAAUGUUUUAUGCCGCUGAAAUUUCCCCUCCACCUGUUCGCGUUUUCGCUGAAGUAAGGAAGGGAGUUUAUCCGAUUGCUGGAGCAAAAGUUUCUGCGAAGAUUCUCCAUCCCGAUGGAGGAUUAUCUGAAUUUCUCUUUAUAGACGACGGAUUAGGAAAUGCGGAUAUCACUAAAGAUGAUGGAAUUUACAGCCACUACUUCACAAAUUUCACUUCUCCAGGCUUUUAUAAUGUUUAUAUCAAAGUAGAGAGGAUUAAUGAAAAUGAAACUGCAGAAGUAAGAGGUCCUGAUGGAUACUGCUGUGGUACUUCCUUCAGGGGAACACUAGGGCCAAAAAUGGCAUCUUUCCAGCGUGAAGCUGGACCAGUUUCAUUCCAUGUAUCGUCCAUUCCAGUGAGUGAUGUGUAUCCGCCUUCGAGAGUGAUGGAUUUGAGUCUCAUCAAUAACUACGACCAAAUUUACGUUUUGAAUUGGACCGCAGUUGGUGAUGACUACGAUACAGGAGUAGCUUCAGAAUACGAACUGAAGUUGUUUCCAGAUAGAACAGUGAUUCGUCACCGAUUCAACGGUUCAGGUUUGGAACUGUACGAAGAACGUAUAGAGACAACACCUCUAGCCCAAUACGGAAGGCAGCUGAUACAUACUUUCGGGCUGCCGAAAUUGAAAAGAGCAGGUCUGUAUUACUUCGCCAUCAGAGCCAUCGACGAAGCUGGGAAUGCUGGAGAGCCAUCCAAUGCAUUGCCUGUGUGGAUAGAACAGGCAAGGAACAGCAGCGCCAUUGACUGUAGCCCAGAUGAAACGCCGAAACCUGAAAAAUAUAAUGAAGCAAAUUGCUUUGCACCUUUUGUUUCUUUGAUUUUGUGUAUGCUUAUUCUUAGGCAUUUUUAAUUUUCACGAAUAUUUUAGCCAUUUUAAAAGUAUUUAGUCAAUUUUAAUUUUUGCUCCCAUUUGUAAUUAGCUUCUGCAAGUCAUAAAAAGGGCGGUUCAACGAAAAAACCGCCAUUUUGUCCGGCACGUGAGAGCUCAUAUAUUUCAUUCAAAAACAGUUAUUUUGAAUGUUAAAAAAAGUUUCAAGACUCGGAGCUAGAAAUUUACUGGUCAUUUAAGUACAGCGGAAUAAAAUUCUUCCAAAUAUAAUCCUUCAGCAUCAGCACAGCGCUGCCAGCGCGUCUUCCAUUGUUCUUAGCCUUUCUGGAAGUCCUUGGGCGACAUGCUAGGACUCUUGUCGAAGCGUGCUGGACUGCUUUUUUUCUGUCGAUGGAGUCGAAUUGCUUCCUUUUUAGGCCUGCCUUGGUUCUGGAGAAGAGGAAAAAGUCACUUGGAGCUAAGUCGGGGCAGUAGGGGGGCUGCGGCAGUGUUGUCGCGUUGAACUUGACCAAACCCUCGUCUGCGACGUGUGAGCGGGUGCGUGUUCGUGGUGGAGAAUCCAAACACCCUUGAUCGCCGGACGGAUGCGGCGAACUCGAUCCCUCAAGCGGCAGAGGCUACAUUUUCGUAUCUCCUUCUUUUCGACGGAGGUCAAAGACACGGACUCACGCAGCUAGCGAUGUGCACUCUCUAGUGUUUUGAAGCCAACUGCCGCAGCUUCCGUUCAUUCACCCCCCCCCCCUUCUUCCCCAGCCCGUCCGUGUGCGCUCCUGCGCUCCCCAUCUCGAAAAAAAAACAGUCUAGAAACUUCUAAAUCAUACCUUGUAUGUUUAUGAUAUGAUUCCUUAAGCAACAAAAUGUUGUUCAUCAUUUCCUGUUUACAUUAUUAUUUUUAAUAAAUAUAUGAACUGUCAUUCGUGAGGCACAAAGACGUUUUUCCGUGGAACGGCCCUCAA